AUGAAGAUUUCCGAUCCUCUAAUAGCCGAUGCUGGGGAACAAAAGAAGACCACCGACCUUUUACCAGUGAGUUUUUUGUUUGAUAUGUCACUAGCCUUAGAAUUAAUGGGCUUAUGUUGCCAGUUAGAGUAAAGCUUUCCGCUACAUAUUUCUCUUUUCUUACGUCUUUUCCACGGAUGACUCGCAGAUUCCGAGGCCGAUAGCCUCGACGGACUCAUUUCGUCGUGGAAUUUGAGUCUUUUAUAAUUGCUGGGAGUUUUUUGUCGGGAAAUUCAUCGCCACGGGGCAUCUAUGAGUAUCUAAGAGAUGUUACGAAGUCGUUCGGUAGGUGCCGAGAUUGGACAAGUCGCUUCCAUUCCGGUUCGUUUUAGGAGACUGGUGUUACAGUAGAACUAAAGGAUUUUUAUAAUGAAGUAAUGCUUCCUUUUAGCUUCAUGUCGAGAUCAGAAGAGAACGCUCCGAGAGUUCGUCGUCCAUCAAAAUCGCUGUUCUCAUAUGGUUGACCCUUCAGAAUUCCGUCCACACUCUUCUUCUCAGAUAUAGUAGGGCUCGAGAUGUCCCCGAAAUGUAUUUCUCAUCGGUGGCGGUCUUUUUCACCGAGGUGAUCAAGGUAUUUGUGUGUCUGUACAUGGUUUUCAAUGAAUCUCAUGGCCCGUUUGGGUGAGUUAUCUUCUUGAGUAUGACUUCUGAUUUCUAGAGGAUUCCGAGCUCUCAAAAAACAAGUUUUUAACCAGCCAUGGGACACAUUGAAGGUCUGUGUACCAGCAAUAUUAUACACCUUCCAAAACAACCUGUUUUACUGUGCGGCGUCACAUUUGGAGGCUGCAACUUUUAUGGUAAUUUGUUAUUUUAUAUUGAAUUUUGUUUAGAACGAAGAUGUUAAUAGUGGUAUGUUGCUUUAGAUUGUUUCCCAGUCCAAGAUCUUCACAACCGCAGUGUUUUCGAUCAUCUUGAUGAAGCGACGUCUUUCUGGAAUUCAAUGGUUCUCUUUGGCCGUCUUGACCACAGGUGUCUGCUUAGUUCAGAUGCAAACAACGGCAUCGAAAAGAAGGCCUGGAGACGAACAGAAUCCGCUAAUUGGUAAGGGUCGUAUUUUUCAUUGAGUUUUUACGUAAUGUUAUGCAACUUUUAUAUAAUUCUGAUCUCCAAAACCAUUAUGAUUUCAGGGUUUAUGGCUGCUUUGACCGCUUGCACGAUCUCUGGAUUCGCCGGCGUCUACUUUGAGAAGAUUCUAAAGGGUGCAUCACCAGUCUCGAUUUGGAUGAGGAACAUCCAGAUGAGUGUCUUCGCCAUUCCAGCUUCCUUUGUGGCGAUCUGGCUGACUGAUGGCUCGGCAGUAAUGGAAAAGGGACUUCUUUAUGGGUUUGAUGGAGUUGUUUGGCUGACCUCUUUCUGGUAUUGUGUUGGAGGUCUCUCCGUCGCGAUCUGCAUAAAAUAUGCUGACAAUAUUGCCAAGAACUUUGCUACAUCAGUCGCCAUCAUCAUCGCCACGGUGGUCUCGAUCUAUCUGUUCGACUUCCGACCCAAUCUGAUGUUCCUUUUGGGUGGAACUCUUGUCAUUUCGAGUAUCUUCUUAUAUUCUUCCAAAAGUUUCGUCUCGCAGCCAAAGAAGGUUGAUGAAUCGAGAGUAUGA